CCCCUCUGUUGAACCUUCCUCUUGGCUACCAAUUUUGAGCGUAUCGCUCGUCGCGACAGCAUGGCUUCAAGCCGCUAUGGUUGUUGGGACGUUGGACAAGCCACAAGCAUGCUACGUGUUUGGCACUCAACGACGGUACUUCGUAGGCGCAUUGGCGGAAAUCGCUAAGCGCUGUGUGGCGCACUUCCAGGCACCAACACCAACAUACCUAAAACGGGUCUGGUGACACUCUCAAAUAAUAAAUUCUCGAAUAAUAAAUUGAAAGGAAACCUAGUAUCUAAUCCCCUUCGACAUUCCUCAGAGUGAUCUUUGUACCGACCCACGGGAACUUUUGUUAGAAAUCUCAUUUCAGCAACGCUUUACGCCCGCUUCGAGAACCCCCCUAGUCACCUCCACAACAAACACCCAACAUGGCCGACAUCACAACUCCUCAGCGGAAGACGAUCGGGGCCAAGGAGGUAGGCGUCCAGUAUGUCGAGCGCCAGGCCGUGCGUGUGGUCGCCUUCAACACGUCUGGCCACAUUGCCAUCAUCCAUGCCAAGCGGGACAACUACUACAAGCUGCCGGGCGGCGGCAUCGACCCGGGCGAGGACCAUCUGGUCGCGGUGCAGCGCGAGAUGCAAGAGGAGACGGGGGCCUUGAUCCGGGUGCGCGAGCGCGGCUGCGUCGCCACCACCGAGGAGUUUCGCAACAACCUCCACCAACUGUCCUUUUGCUACUGCGCCGACCUGGUCGACGACGCAGGACGCCCCAACCUGACGGAGGAGGAGGUCGAUGACCAGCUGCAGCACCUGUGGCUGCCUGUUGACGAGGCCAAGAGACAGAUGGCGGCAGCGGUACCGACAUCAGCGCUCGGGCAAUUCAUCAAGGAGCGCGACCUGUAUCUAUUAAGAGAGGCCACCAAAUAGCGGCUGGGAGACGGACAGGUUGGCCCGGCUGACAAUUUCUUCGGGCGGUGUGCACCACCAGAAGACAUAGCCAUCUUGUUAGGUCACGUGAUCGAUCAUAUGUGACCUAGGUUCACUUGCCCAUUAUUCCACCUCGCAGGAAUGUAGACUAGAACCUUCCUAGAUUGUCACACUCCAAGAGCUUCAAUCACACAUAGGUCACAAAAGGGCGGGAUUCUCUCUUCUGCUUGGUGAUCCGUGUGAGGUAGUUGCUCUUCUUUUAUCAAUCUACUCGUCUCCUCUUACUCUCGACCCAGUGGGACCUCCUUUUUAUGUGAAGGGCUGGCCAAAGGUUGGGCAACGAUUUGAGGCUCUGGGGUUGUCUAUCCAAAGCUAAGGAGAGAAGGAGGAAAAAAAGGGGAUUCCCGCUGCAGCUGCUUCUAGGUAGUAGGUGCGAGACCGCAGGGGUCUUGUGUUGGCCCGGCAACGUCAGGGUUGCCGGUGCCCUUUACCGGGGCUGACCUGUAACAGAUGCGGCCAUAAACCGGGCUUUUCGAGUAGAUUCUCAAGAUGAGCGGAU